UUAAAACUUGGACUUAUUUACUGCACUUAUUCACUUUUAAACAAAGCAAAAGGCACUGCAUAAAGUUACCUCUGACACUGCAUGCUUUUGCUCUUGAGGGUGGUGGUAUUAAAAGCAUACUUUUAUUGCAUGUCAUUGUUUUGAACACAGGACCAUUGUGAUGUGGGACAUAUCUUUAUUCACUUGUGUUUUAUUCUUUUGCUCUUCUUGAUUUUUCCAAAAGGGUCAUCAAUGCCUUUCUAGUUUCUAGUGUGAGUGUGUGAGAUUCUCUUUUAGCUUACAAAAUUCCUUAGAAGUUUUGUUCAAUCACUUUCUAUCAUCAAGUUUAUCAAAUGCCAAGAUCAAGGGGGUCUGAUUUGCCUCAGAGGCAGUCACCGAGAGGUACUACUCAUCAGGUUCGAACCUCGAGUUCUGACUCGGAUCCGUCGCAUCAUCGACCGGUUACUGAUCGAAGUCCAAAGUUAGGAGACCGGCGUUCUCCGAGAGGUGGUAGUACUCAAUCGGAGACGGUAAAUCAGAAGAAGCUCGGUACUCGCAUUGCGGAUUUGGAAUCACAGCUUGGUCAGGCACAGCAAGAGUUGAAAAAUUUGAAGGAUCAGCUAUCUUCUGCAGAAGCUGAGAAGAAAAAAGCUGAAGAUGAACUUGUGAAGAAAAGUGUUUCAAAGAAAGUUCAAGAAUGUAAUAAUAACCAAGGUGAAACUAAGCUACAAGAUGUUGUUAAUGUUAUACAUGAUGAGAAUCAAGAAGAGACCGACGUGUUUGAAGUUCCGAUUGAAAAGUUGGAAAUCGAAUUCAGAAAGCCUGUAGAUCAGUUAAAGAAGGAAACAAUAUCGGAGUCAGAGAAGCCUUUUGUGAACGAACUGACAAUGAAAAACGAAGAAAUAGCGUCGUUGAAGUCGAGUUUGUUAGAGAAAACAAAGGAGUUGGAGUCAACGAGUAAGGGAAACGAUGAUCUGAAGAGUCAACUGAAUGAAGCAGUUUCGAAAGUGAAAGCUUAUGAAACCAAGGAAGAAGGAACGGCACUGCAGGUGAAGCAAUUGAGUGAAGAAUUGGAAGCAAGUAAAGGGAAUGCAGAGAAACUGAACACGAAGUUGAAAACUGUGGAAGAAGAAAAGGAGUUGUUAGAAUCAGAAAUGAAGAAGCUAAGAGUGCAGACAGAACAAUGGAGAAAAGCAGCAGAUGCUGCAGCUGCAGUGCUUGCAGGAGGUUUCGAUAUGAGUACUGCCGCAAGAGUUCCUGAAAGGUGCGGUUCAAUGGAUAAGAACUUCGUUGGUGGAACAUUCGAGACACCUGGUGUUGGAAGGUAUCAUGGAUAUGUAGGUUCUCCCGGUAUGAAUGAUGAUUUAGAUGACGGUUUCGGAGGUGGAAAAAAGAAGGGUUCUGGUAUAAGAAUGUUUGGUGAUUUAUGGAAGAAGAAAGGCCAAAAGUGAGAUUUCUGCAACUCUUGGAUUCACGGCAGAAUCACUGCGUGUCACCGUGAUUCUGACGAUAACAAAAUCACGGUGUUGCGGGGAUUCUGUCUAGUAUUUUAACUAUGGUCAUGUUUAGGUGGUAGCAGAAGGUGCAAAAGAAAACAGUUGCUUACUGAUAUGUGUAUGCAUUUUUCUGCUAUAUUGUUUAGUUGUUUCUUUUGUAUUAUAAUGGCCAUUAAGUGUGUACUGUUAUGUUACUAUUGCAUGAUCAGUGCAAGUUAGUGAUGUGAACUUUUGAAAGAUGGUUUGUGUAAUGGUUUUUUUGUUACUUUUUCAAACCGAGGUGAAGGGUUUUUAAGCAAAUUUUAUAUCUUCA